GAGGAGGAGGGGGCACUGCCUCAGGCCGAGCUCUUUUCUUUUCCUCCUGGGCAAACCUUCCUAGGUCCCUCCCAGGGUUUCACGUCUGAGGGCCCUUCCCCCAGCCUGGCCACGCCCAGCUCCUCUUCCCAUUCCUUUGGGGGAGGCGGACCGAAGAGCAUUUUUCUGCUUCGCUUCCUCCGCCCCUUUCACCUCCUCCGAGCUGGGCGGGGCGCAGACAGCGCCCCCCUUUCCCACCUUUCCUUCCUGGCUUCCCUGGGGGUGACGGGGGUGGGGUGAGGCUGCCCACGUGGUCGGGGAUGGGUUGGGGAGAAGACUGACAGCUCCCUAGCCUCCAGACUGGAGGCGGCCCAGAGGCCUCUGGGAAAUAGGAACUGAAGAACCCCCGGUGGGCGCCCCUGGCUCGUCGAUUCCCCACUGUUGCCCCUCCUUAGCUGCCACUUGGCCCUCUCUACUCCCCACGAAGCAUCCUGCCCGGAGGCCCCCGUGAUUGGGUAGGCUGCAGUCUCUGCCCUGCCGGCCUGGCCAGGGGCUUUGUCAGCAGGCCUCCUGCCCAGGAAGAGGAGCCUGAGAGCUCUCCCCCGGGGGAUCCCUGUCCCUCCCUGCCCAGCUCAGCCUGCAGAGGAGCCAGAGGGAUGGCCCCUGGGAGCCCCAGCCCCCCAGCCCAGGAGAUGGUGACGUUCCAGGAUGUGGCUGUGGACUUCACGCAGGAGGAGUGGCGCCUCUUGGAGCCUCCCCAGAAGGAGCUGUACAGGGAGGUGAUGCUGGACAAUGCCCGGAACCUGCUCUCCCUGGGGCUGCCCGUUCCCAGAGAAGACUUGAUCUCUUAUUUGGAGCAAAGGGAAGCCCCCUGGAUGCUGGGGCAGGAAGGCCUGAGGAGCUGCUGUGCAGAAGGAGAGAUUAGACUUGAAAUGGAAGAGACUAAAGCAAAGCUAAACAUUUCAGUAAAAGAAACUCAGAAGCAAAGAUUCAUGAGUGAUGGUCCUUGUACCUUCCCUUGGAAACAAAUCUCUGCAGUAUUUCAAAGAAUCCACACUGGAGGGAAACCUCCUGAAGGUCAUCACUGUGAAGGUAAAGCUCUUAGUCAACAGUCAUCCCUUAUUUACCAUCAAACAAUUCUGUCUUCAGAGAAAUCACAUGAAUGUAAUGAAUGUGGUAAAUCUUUUAGUGACUAUUCAUCCCUUAUUAUACAUCAGAGAAUUUACCCUGGACAGAAACAUAAUGAAUGUGAAAAGCCUUUUAGACAGAGCUCUAGUCUUGUUGAACACCAGAGAAUCCACAGUGGAAAAACAUCUUAUGAAUGUAAUCAGUGUGGAAAGACUUUCAGAAAGAGGUGCCAUCUUGCUUUACAUGAGAGAAUCCACACUGGAGAAAAACCUUAUAUAUGUCAUCAAUGUGGAAAGAGUUUCAGAAUCAGCUCCAGUCUUGCUAUCCAUCAUAGAAUCCACACUGGAGAAAAACCCUAUGAAUGUCAACAAUGUGGAAAGAGUUUCAGAAUCAGCUCCAGUCUUGCUGUCCAUCAUAGAAUCCACACUGGAGAGAAACCCUAUGAAUGUCAUCAGUGUGGAAAGACUUUCAGAUCCACCCCUAAUCUUGCUGUUCAUAAGAGAAUCCACACUGGAGAAAAACCUUAUGAAUGUUUUCAAUGUGGAAAGACUUUUAGAAGAAGCUCUGGUCUUGCUAACCAUCAAAAAAUCCACACUGGAGAGAAAUCUCAUAAAUGUAAUCAAUGUGGAAAGGCUUUCACCCAGAAGAGUGCUCAUACUUACCAUCAGAGAAUCCACACUGGAGAGAAACCUUAUGAAUGCAAUGAAUGUGGAAAGACUUUUAGAAGAAGCUUUAGUCUUGCUAAACAUCAGAGAAUCCACACUGGAGAGAAACCUUAUGAAUGUAGUCAGUGUGGAAAGACUUUUAGAAGCAGCUCAAAUCUUUGGUAUCAUCAGAGAAUCCACACUGGAGAGAAACCUUAUAAAUGUAAUCAGUGUGGAAAGGCUUUCACAGAGUCCUCCAGUCUUACUUAUCAUCAGAGAAUCCACACUGGAGAGAAACCUUAUGAAUGUACUGAAUGUGGAAAGGCUUUCAGAAGCAACUCCAAACUUGGUCAGCAUCAGAGAAUCCACACAGGAGAGAAACCUUAUAAAUGUAAUCAAUGUGGAAAGGCUUUCAGAAGCAACUCCAGUCUGAGAUAUCAUGAGAGAGUUCAUACAGGAGAGAAACCUUAUGAGUGUCUGGAAUGUGGUAAAGGUUUUAAUAGACAUUCUUCCCUUACUAAACAUCAGAGAAUCCAUACUGAAGAGAAAUCUUAUGUACAUAAUGAAUGUAGAAAGACAUUAAGAUAUGGAUUUGGUCUUGCUUUACAUAAGAGAAUCCACACUGGAAAAAAAACUUAUGAAUGUCAUCAAUGUGGAAAGAUUUUUCAGAAAAGCCCAUAUCUUGCUAUACAUCAGAGAGUCCACACUGGAGAGAAACCUUAUGAGUGUCUGGAAUGUGAUAAAGCUUUUAAUGUACGUUCUUCCCUUACCAGACAUCAGAAGAUCCAUACUAAAGGAAAAACCUCAUUAACAUAAUAUGCAAAAUCAUUUAGCCUAAAGAUGUCCUGUAUUUCUGAUCAGAAAGUCCACAUGAAAUAGAAUUCUUGUAAUAAAUUAUAUAAAGGACUUGAAAUGGAAUACAGAGCUUGUGAGACAUCAGAGAAUUCAAUCUAAGUACAAGCUUCAUUUGGACUCAACAUAGUACAGUCUUUAGCCAUAAACCAUCAUUUUACAUCAGAGGAUUCAUAAUGGAGAGAACAUCUUUAGCCAUUCCCUAGGAGACUGGUAUUUACUUUGUUUAAUGAUUAAGUGAUCCUUACCUUUGAGUCCCUCACUUUUGGUGUAAGACUAGGUAUUAUAGGUUCAUAAGUCUUACAUCAAAAUUGAGGGACUCAAAGGUAAGGAUCACUUAAUCAUUUUCACUCGUAUUCAAAUAGGUGUUCAGAACAGUGUAGGUAAAAGCAGGAUAUUGGAUAAGGUCCAGAUAUAGAGCUGGGAAGGCUUCAUUUAAAAAUCCACCUUAGCUGCCCUGAAGCUGUGUAAGACUGAGUGUGGAACCCCCAAAUCUCCAUUUACUUAUCUCCAAAAUGAGGAGUUUGGACUUACCCACCUCUGUGGUCUCUUCCCACUUUAAAUCUUUGUUCUUAUCAACAGUGUUCAUCAACAGUUCAUAUCAACUGUUUGCAAAGCCUCUUCCAGUAUUCCAGAAAGGGAGCCUGUAGCCAAAAGUAGUUCUCAUCUAAACUCUCUUAUGCUACUUGAAAACAGAAAAGUUGGACAGAUUCCAUGUGUCAUAUACCAAAGAAAAUUAGUAUAGUACCCUAUUCAAAUCCAAAGACCUCACUUGCUGGGCCUGGAUUUACUAAUCACUAAAAAAUGCUGGGAAAAUCCAUGAGUAGCCUGGCGGAAACUAGGGCUAGAGCAGCAUCUCACACGAUAGACAAGGCUUAGUUCCAAAUAGAUACAUUCCUCAGAUAUGAAAGGUCAUUUCAAACAAAGCAGAGAAACCAUGAUAAAGAGAGAUUUUGUCAUUCUGGAGAGGGCAAGAGUGCCUUGGCAGAAAAAAAAUGAAGAUCACAGAGAAUUAAAUCAACAGAUUCUUUUUUCACCUGAAGACAGUCAUGUAUCUCAAAUAUAAAAGGAAAACAACUGUAAUGGGAAAGAAUUGGCAGGAAGUUCCUCUCUCAUAAAACUGUACUGUCCAAUGUAUAUAAAAAAUGGAGGGAGGUUUAUAAAAAUGAGCCAUUCCCCUCUAGGCACGUGGUCAAGAACUAUGAGGAGAUGGUUUUCAAAGGAAGAAUUCCAAGUUGUCAAUGACAAUACAAAACCACAUUCUAUAUCUGUAAUCACCAAAUCACUGAUAAUUGGAUUUUCAGAUUCAAAAAAAGAAAAAGAAAAUGACAAUCCAUACUAUUAGUACCAACAUGUUUCUAGUAGCUCUUUUUGUGGUGGCAAAGAAUUGGAUACUGAGGGAUGCUCAUCUGUAGGGGAACAGCUGAACAAGUGGUAAAUGAUUGUAAUGGAAUACUACUGAGGUAUAAGAAAUGAUGAACAGGAUGAGUUCAGAAAAACCUGGAAAGACCUACCUGAACUGAUGCAGAAUGAAGUAAACAGAACUAUGUGAACAUUGUACACAGUAACAGCAAUAUGAUAUGAUAGACAAUUGUGAAUGACUUAGCUAUUUUUAGCAAUAUAGCAAUCUAAUCCAAGACAAUCCCCAAGGUCUCGUGGUGGAAAAUACCACCCUCCCCCAGAGAAAGAACUAAUGGAUUCUGAAUGCAGACUUAAAUAUUUCAGUUUAUUUCUUUUUUAUUGUUCCAAUUCUCUUCCUCAGAAUGAGGAACAUGGAGAAAGGGAGAGAAGGGCAGAAUUUGGCUCAAAUUGUACAAAAAGUAAAAAUUUUUUUUACGUAUCAUUGAGGAAAAACAAAAAAAAUGAUCAUCAGAAAUCUUGGAGGGAAUUAACAAACGUGUUCAUUGGGAGGCAAUCUUGCUAUAAUUCACAUUCCUACACGUCAAAGAGAAAUGUAUGUGUCUCACUUGCAUUCUGAGUCCCUUGUGUCUAUUAGGACAUGGGUAGCUUAUUUUUUUCUCUUGUCCUCUGUAGGCCUGAUUGUUCAUUGUAUUGAUCAGAGGUCUUACUUCUUUCAGAGUUCUUUCAUACAAUAUUGUCUUUCUUUGUAAAGUGUUGUUCUGCUCAUUUCACCUUACAUUACUUCAGACUACCUUUUGGGCUUCCUCUCUAACCCUCGCUGUUAUUGUUUCUCAUCUUAUUUCAUCAUCUUCCUGAAAAUGACAAAUAUUUUGAGGAACUUAAUUUUCUGUGACUACAUAUUAGUUUCCAGAGGCUUGGGGAGAUCAACUUAAAGCAUAUGUGCUGGAAUUCACUAAUAAUUAGUCAUCUUCAGUAAUUCACUGUUGCUAAAGGUAUGACAGUCCCCAAACUGACUAACACCAUGUGACUGUGAUAUCACUAACAGGAGAUGUAAUUCCUUAAGUUAAAGAUAAAAGGGAAAGACCCAUGUACAAUAUUUGUGUAUGAAUAUAUAAUGGCUCCUUUUGCUUUGACAAAGAACUUGGAACUGUGGAAGAGGCUUGAAGAGAGGAUUUGCAGGAAAAGUCAGGCACGCAGACCAAGGUGAAGGAUCCAUCUGUCAAUCAAGGAGAAGAUUCCAGAUGGAAUGUUCCCAGGAGGAGGCAGUUGAAGUUGGCCAGGGGGAGAGGAAUGGAUUCUGUCUCUCUCUCUGGGGGGACUGACCAAGAAAGGAGAGAGAAACCUCCUCUCUGGGGUUUUUCUGACCAAGGGAGGCAAGCCUGGCUGAAGGGGGAAGAAGCUGAACUGAUCCUAUUAGCUUCUGUCCCAGGCUGAAGGACCUUGGGGGGGCUUCUGGAGUUAGGCUGAGAGACCUUGGUAAUUUUGUGACUUGAAAGAAGAAAAGAAGGCUUGUUAUCCUCCAUCUCUCUGACUAUCCCCCUGUCACAGCUGUGACUUCCCAAACCCUCAUAAUCCUCAUUUUAGAUUAGGAAAACCCUCUUCCCUCUCACCUCAGUUUCCUUGUCCUGUUAUCCCAAUAAACCCCUUACCUGAGAAAAGAAA